CAUCUCCUCGUGCCCCUCUGCCGCAUUGGCUAGGGUUUUCCCGCUCAGACUCUACUCUCUGUCUCUCUCUCUCUGUAUAUCUCUGCGUUGAUUCGAAGCUGUUUAUCGAUCGCUCAUGGCGAUGAGUACGUGAUACGGCUUUAAGGUUGCUAUUUAGUGAAAGGCUAAAGCCCUCAUCGUCUCCGUCUGCAAGAGGAAUUGCACAAAAAUGGCGACCGCCAAUCCAUUUGAUCUCUUGGUUGACGAUGACAACGAGGACGUCACCCAGCUCGUCGCCGCCGCUCAGCAGUUGAAGGUCGAGAAGCCUAAGAAAGAUUCGUCCCCUGGUCAAGGAGCUCAGCCCGCAGCUAAGCUCCCUUCCAAGCCGCUACCUCCUGCUCAAGCUGUGAGAGAGGUGAGGAAUGAAGGUGGGCGUGGCGGCGGCCGCGGUGGACGUGGAUAUGGUCGAGGCCGCGGAGGAGGUCGCGGGUCUGAUCGAGACUCAAACAACUAUGAGAGUUCAUUCAGCAACAACAAUGGAUUCUCUGGAGGUUAUAGACCCUCAGAAGAAGGAGACUCUGGGAGAGCAUCUGAAAGGCGUGGUGGGCCUCGCGGUGGGUACCGUGGUGGUCGCCGUGGCGGUUUUAGCAAUGGAGAAGAUGGUGAGGGUGAACGCCCUCGGAGGGUAUUUGAACGUCGUAGUGGGACUGGACGAGGGAAUGAGCUGAAACGUGAAGGUGCUGGCCGUGGAAAUUGGGGAACUCCUGCUGAUGAAGUUGCAGUUGAGGUUGUGGAGACUAUUAAUGAAGUCGAGAAAACUGUGGAUGUGGAGAAACCAGUGGAUGAAGAUGUUGCUGAUGCUGGAAAGGAGAGUCCUGUUAAGGAGCCUGAGGAGCAGGAACCUGAGGAUAAGGAAAUGACUUUAGAGGAGUAUGAGAAAGUACUUGAAGAGAAGAGGAAGGUUUUGCUGGCUUCGAAGACUGAGCAACGGAAGGUGGAUACAAAAGCCUUCGAGUCUAUGCAACCACUUUCCAACAAGAAGAACAAUGAUGAUGUAUUCAUCAAGCUGGGGUCUGAGAAAGAUAAGCGCAAGGAUGCUGACAAGGAAGAUAAGGCCAAGAAGUCUCUGAGCAUAAAUGAUUUCCUGAAGCCCGCUGAAGGGGAUAGGCAUUACAGCCCAGGCAGUCGUGGUCGGGGCCGUGGCCGUGGCCGUGGACCAAGAUCAGAUGUCUACACUGGUGGUUAUGCUGCUGGCAACUCGUACUACAACACAACAGCUCCAGCCAUCGAGGAUCUUGGGCAGUUCCCCUCACUUGGGGGCAAAAACUGAGGUUUAUGCCCCAGUCUACUCAAGACUCGCUCUUCUGUUUCUUAUGAAGUUUAUCAUCAUCAAUCAAUAUCUAUUGAAGAGCGAGUGGCUCGAUCAAUUUGACAGGAUUGAUAUUUUCUUAAUAUUUAGAGACCCUUUUUUGAUGUCAUCUGUCUCUUGUUUUUUUCUUUGGUGUAAAUUUUAGUUAUUUGGUCUGCCGGUUUUUAUUCACCGGUGGGUUUUUGUUGCAGACUUACUUUGACUCAAACCACUUUUAAAAUAUUUUUGUUAUAAUGAGGUCUACCGUUUUUAUAGAGGGGUUGGCAAAGUUUAGAUUGGGUAUUUACGUUAUAGGAAGUGGGGAUCGUAGGUUUUUGACUUAUUCGAUUCCAUUCCUUCUUGUGCUAAAUUGAAUUUGUUGCAGUUCUUAAUAAGAAUUCAAUUGGAA